GGAACACAGAAGAAGAAGACAGUGAGUUAGCUUCCACUCCAAUGGAAGAGGAGGCAACAUCUGAGUCAACAACAGACACCAAACACAGUUGGCUUCAGGACUGCAUCAUCUCUCUAUCACCUGCCAAUGACAUUAUUGCAAUUGCCAAUGAACAGAAGAUUGUACUGCUCUCCCAGAAAUAUGACCCCCAAAAUAAGGAAGCCGACAUUGAUACCAAGUUGACAAAAGUAUUUGAAGGCACCAUCAAUCAGGAGGAAGGAGAAACCAUCACAGCCAUUUUGUGUUUACCGUUGGCCUCUCAGAAAAGAAGUACACAAGGAGGUCCAGACUGGACAUGUGUUAUCGUGGGUUUCUCUUCUGGACACCUGAGGAUGUACACAGAGUCUGGGACACUCCUUUUAUCACAAUUACUUCACACAGAACCUGUCCAGAAACUCAAGUGUCACACCUAUGAGCCGCCACGCUAUCUUGGCCUAGCAGAACAGCAUGAAGAGCUUGUGAUCCUAUUCAAGAAAGCACUGGUCACCAUUGAUGGUUUUAGCUUGUUCCAAUCUCUACGAGCCUGUAGGAACCAAGUGGCUAGAGCUACUGCCAGUGGGACGGACUCAUCCCUCCAGCCUCCUCCAUUGGCUUACAAGAAGUGGGGACUCCAGGGACAGGAGCGCAUCCUAGACUGUUGUAGUUGUGGGGUGGGAACUCCAAACCCAUUUGACCAGAUGAAGGCUGCAGCAGUGCUGGGUGGCCCCUCUGCUACUAUCCGCCCCACACCACCAGCUCAUUCCAUGUACCUGACGUCUGGUAUUGAUCAUUAUGUUGGAUUCUUCUAUGCUGUGGAGGGGAGUGCACAGCCUAUAUUGUCAGAAGUAGCGUUUGCUGUUGCCCACAAACUCAAGUCUGCUAUCAUGUCUGCUGCAAGUGGCUGGCUAGGAUUUGGCAGCAAACAAAGAGAAGAAGACAAACAGAAACCAAAGAUAGAGCCUGAGACCCCAUUGUCACUCAGGUAUGGACUCCCUGACAAGAGGCGACAGGGAGACAAUAUAUUUCUAUCACCCAAUAACAACUAUGCUGCCACUACAGACAGCUUUGGGCGUGUAACCCUGAUAGAUGUGGAGAAUGGCAUUGCAGUAAGGAUGUGGAAAGGUUACAGAGAUGCUCAGCUGGGCUGGAUUCAGGUGAGAGAGGACAGUCCCCACGGCAAUUCAGACCAGGAGCUCUCAAGAGUGGCCCAGUUUCUCAUCAUCUAUGCCCCACGGAGAGGGAUAUUAGAGGUGUGGACUGCAGCCAACGGACCUCGAGUGGCAGCUUUCAAUGUCAACAAAUGGUGUCGUCUUGUAUGUCCCAGCUAUGGCAUUAUGGGACUGAAUAAUGUCACCUGUCGUGGUGUCAAAACAAAAGUGUUUCAGUGUGCUCUCAUAGAGCCCACAGGAGUCAUCAAAACUUUGGAUAUACCCUUCCAUCUGGCUCUCAGUGACAAGAAUAGUAAGAGAGCUCGGGAUCUUCAUCUGCUGAAGAAACUGAAGAUGGUAAUGAAGGAUACAUCAGAGGAGACAGAAUCUCUGGAGAAUGUUGUGAAGAACUUGCUUAAAGACAUGAGGAUUGCUAGCAUUAAACAACAGGGAAUGGACCGAGUGCUGGGAGCUAAGUAUUUAUCAGCAGCUUGUAUGAGGAGGAUCAUGAAGAUGUGUUUGGAGCAGGUUACUAAUGAGGACACCUGGGACAUUGAUACCAAGCUGUUUGUGCGUUACUGUCAUCUCCAUGACAACCUACUGAAAAUUUAUGAAGAGGUGAACACCAUCAACCAGACGGCUGAUAAAAAAAGUGCAGCAACAGACUUGUCAGAGGAGCUAAUGCAGACGUUUCACCUGAGUGAGUCGGAAGCUGCCCACAUCAUCACUCAGAUGGAACAAUGUCAGGUACAGGUUGGUUGUGAGAAAGUGAGUCGCCGUGUUCAGUUUGAUGUGGAGAGUAAAUUCAGUGCAGCUUCCUUCAUCAGCUGUUUCCACUGUCAUCUUCACUGCACUGAUGACCGAGAGUCCAGUCAACAUGGGUCGGUCACCAUAGCAACCAGAAUUAAUGACGAGAAAAGAUCAAAUUUAGCCAAUUUCUUUUAUCAAAGUAUAUUGUGUGAGACAACCUGUCCUAGUAAACUCAGCACAGUACUACAAGAUAGCAAAUUAUCACCACUACUGCUAAUGAAACUGUUAGUGAUGUUCUGGCUGUCUGAUGACAAUAGGAAGCUGAACAUGGUAUUUAAUCUGUAUCACAUAGUAAAGAGUUUAACCUCUCUAACAGGGAAGAGCUCUCUGAUAGCAGAGCCUGGAGAAGUAUGUUCCUGGUGGCUCAAUAUUAGAGAAGCUUGUCACCAUAGCAACGCUGUACAGGCAGCUUACAUCCUGGCACUUGUUUGUAGGGCUGUGGUAAAUGAAGUCAUAGACAGUCAACUGCAGUCAAAGGACCAUGAUGCUGACACAGAGAGUGGAGACCUGACAUCUGUCCAGCCAGCAGGCGAGUCAUGCCCAGACACACAUCCUGUAGAAGAUUGUCAACAGUGGAACACGAGUGUGAAAAAACUGGAAGAUGUCUUGUGUCUCAGUUGUCUGCUUCAUAUCGCUCCGUCAGAGGUUAAAGGUCAAACCGUACCAGAACCACUCACAGUAUCUGUUACAAAGCUAAUGGAGGGAGGUAGAGGUGCUGUAUCAGAGUUGGUGGGUUGCUAUGUCACACAGUCUGGCUUACAUCCUAGUGAUCUCUUCCUUCCCUGUCACAUGUCGGAGAGUUCAGAAGUCCACGGAGAGGCCAUGGAAGCCACAGAGACUACCUUCCAGUCAUUUUUAGAGAGAGUUCAAGGUAAGAUGGAGGUACUGAAACAGCGACUACCUCAUAGUAUGGAAUCUGAUGUGCUUCUGGCCAAUUGCUGCUGGGAGAACGCUGUCCAAUGGAACAAAGAUACAGAGGUUGGGAUACUGACAAUGGUUUUAUGUAGAGAUAUGAUACUGUUGAUAUAAAAUGCCAUCCUCACACAAGGUGUGGGCAGUCUACUGUGGCAUAUGUUCAUUGCAAAGACUUUUUCUGCUGCAGCUCAUCUGAUGGAAAAGGUUGGGAAGGUACCUAAAGACAGACUUUGUAGAAAGGAGGUGGGACUGAGUGAGGGAAGCAUGGCUGGCUUUGUGGGCUGUGUUUGUGACCUUUUAGAUAUUAUCAUGGAGGCCAACUGUGAAGCCAAUGAGGUUCCAGUAUUCAACAUUGAACAUCUGUGGCAGGAUGUCAGGGGUCCUGCCUCACUUGUAGAACUUGCCAUUGACCAAAAGUCUACAAACUACGGUCUGUUACGGCUACACUACCAGCUGGCCGUUAUGAUGCAUGCCAUCUUGGUGUUUGGAAUGAAGUCAGUCAAAGUCUUGUCCUUGUUUGAUUCAAAGGGAAAGAACUCCCUAUUUCUGGAUCUGCACCAACAUCCUCUACUUCCAUCACAAAACAUAGAUGCCUUUAUAUCCAACAGCCGCAAAAAUUUCUUUGCGCGUGUCAUCUCUAAUGCGAUUCUGUCACUUGAUGUUGCCAAGCACACCCAGUCUUCAUCAUCAUCUCCAGUUUCUCCUACAAGUCCAAACAAGAAGUUUGUUGAUGCUGCAACUAAAUGGCCAGCACUUGUACUUGAACUUGCCAAGGACUUUGGCCUAGAUUUGGAUUUCUUCAAACGACACCAUGUGUGUGAACUGUACUCGGGAGGUCACGACAGAAUGGCUGAGGAGGUACUUCUGACUGUGAAUGACCAUGAGUUGAUUGGCUCACAACUGCUAUUAAUUGCUGGACACAGGACGGCACAUUUCCUCCUAGACUCACAUAAAUCUAAAGGUGUGGAAUUACUGACCACGGUGUCCCCAGCUCUGUCCACCUGGCUCAAGUCUCUAGACAAAGGACAUUUGCGUGAGCCUAAAGUGUCAGCAGGAGACAUCGCCAUGCUAGUCCAGCAUGUAGCCAACAACCUUCCUGAGGGAUACCCUGAGUAUGACCUAGCCAUCUCACUAGUGGACUUAGUGCAAUCCAUGUCUUCCAUAUCAUAACACUGGUUUCAUCCUUAACUUUGCCCCCUCUGACCUCAUCCCCUUUGCCCUCUGAAUCUAUCCCCAAUGAUCCCUCUGACCUCAUCCCUCUGCCCUCGAUGAUCCUUCUGAUCUCAACCCUCUUACUUUGCCAUCUCUAACCUCACCACCUCCCCACCUUACCUCCAACCUCAACCUCUCUGGCCUCUGCCCUCAAAGGUCCUUUUGAUAUCUUUUCUCUGACUUUGAUACCUUUGAUCAUACCUCUCUUCUGCCCUUCCCCCUCCGUCCCCCCCAUCCCCCCCCCGCCCCACUCUCCCCCAUUUAGUACAGUUUCAAUAUCUCACAUGUUGGUCUAUUGACCACAGUUAACUCAUAUCUAUUUUACAUGUUUAGUACCAUUACAUGUUGUGUUUAUGUUUCAAAGACUUUAUAUUUGGAUGCAAAAAUGCUCAUUCUUAAAGUUGAUAGUUAUAAUCUACAGAAAUGGAGAAGAUUGCUGUAAUUCUAUUCUGUAACAUCCAUACAUUUGUUUGUUUAACUUGAGGUAUUAGAGAUUGUAUGGUAUAAAAUGAAUUAAAAUAAAAUAAUUGCUGCUGUGUGUUCUGGUAAUAUUACUGAUGAUAAUAAAUGUCCUUUAUUAGGACAUCUGACCUCUAGGAUCAGGAUGACCUUUAGCCAUCAUGUUUCAUGUGCCGUGCAUGAACUUUUUACAUUUUAAACUUCUCAACUUCCACCCUUAGAAUUUUGCUGUAACAAACCUGAGAUGAUCCUGACUAAAUGAUGUAAUUAUUUGGUAUUGUCUGAAAUCCAAUAUACCUGCCAACUUGAAAAGCAUUUAAAACUUCUUCCUCAGAUACACUGAUGCCAUAGGUCUGAAAUUUUGUGGUAGUGUUAAAAUGAAGUAUGUGUUUUGCUGUUACCACUAAAAUCUUCUGAACUGCUUUACUCAUUAAAUGAUUGUUCUUACUACUGCUGUCUCUAGUGUAUCAAAUAGAAGUCUUUAUCAUCGGGAUGAGCGUUAAGGCCCAUGAGCCUCCUUUUUAACUGAUAGUGGUUACCUAGUUUAUUGUACACUCAGCACAAAUAUUACAUUAAUGAGUUCAAUAAGUAUUGAUUUCAAGAAAUAAACAUAUUAUGGUGUAGGUCUAUUUUUACAAAAUUAACGCCCUACUUUAUAUUUAAUAAAUAGUACACUCUUAAAAAAUAUAGCAAAAAAAAAAAACCAAAGGUAAUCCAGUGAUUGUAUUUAUCUGUAAAAAUAUCACUUCAUUUUAUAUUUAGCAUUAUGGAAUUUAGCAGUAGUUGACAAUGACCCCUUCUAUGUAUAAGGAAACCAGGGGGACCAACAUUAUAAUUAGCAGUCAAGUACACUGUAUCAGUUUUAAUGUUACAUUUCAUGAAUUAAUAAGCAGUUGAUAAAGUGAAACAGGACCAAUAGGUAUGAGUUAUUACUGAGGAUUUUUAAUCUGUAUAAUGUCGUCCUCGAUACCCCCGGGGGUUAGGAUCACUUUCGCUGUCUGCACCUCUAGAACAUUUCCUGGCAAAAUUGAAGGCACAAAUGAAGUAGUUUGAUGGUCGUUUUUUUUUCUCCUGGAACCAAUCACAGGCUGAUACAUUCCAUUUGAAGAUUACAAAGGAGUGACACCCAAUUUCAAAGCCAUUGCAAUAUAUCAGGAUCAAACUAGUCUUGUCCACAAGGUGUUGCACAUGGAAGCUCCAAUAUUGCCAUGACAUAUUGUAGGGGUCUAGAGAGUGAUUUAAGCCCCUGAAGUAUUGAGGAUGAAGAUCUGUUGAUGUGAUGCUGGUUAUAAGUAUUAAAUAUUCUAUGCAUUAUAUCUGUUGUGGAGACAUCAGUUAUGCAUACAUUGUAUGCCUAUGAAAAUAGUUGAAUGAUACCAAAGAUUAAAAGGCUACUGAACUUUGUGCAAGUCUUUUUAGUUAUUAAAUCUCUCGUCAGUUGUAAGAUAGUUUGAGGCUACACAACUCAGAUGAGAGAAUACAGUUGCUGUAUCUUUUGUGCAUGGACAAGGGGAGAUAACUUGUAACGUCUGUUAAGUCAGCCCUCCAUACAAGUUAGUCUGUUCUACUGAAAUUGGUGCAUUUGUCAUACUUUCGACAAAUCCUCUUUAUCUAUAGCUGCACAAAACAUUUCCGUUCUUUCAGCUUCUGGCUCAUGUGAGCAACUUGAAACACUAUUCAAUCCUCCUCCUGCAGGAGAACUGCAGAAAGUAGGGUGUGUUUGAAGUAAAGCAGUCUGUUAGUUUAAAAAUAGUCCUUAAAACAGUACAGAGGGAUUUGGUAUCCAGUUAGAUGUUAGAAACCAAUGUUUGUGAAAUAUGUAAGACUUGAGAAUUUUGGACCUGUUUUUAUUACAUCAAGACAUCCUUUGUUGAUGUUUGGUAGAUAAUAUUUGAAAACCAUAAGCUUGUAAUGAUUAAUUAAAUUUUUAUGAUACUUUGAAUUUAGAGAAAGUAAAGGUUCUCAAAAUAACAUAAUUGUUAUUUUAUUGUACAUGGCACAGAGAAAGCCCCCUGCUUUAAUUCUGUGAUAGAUUUCCUUGUCCCAGCUAAUCUGUCCUUUACCUUCACAGGACAGUCAGUGCAAAGUGAUGUCAUAAUUAGAACGUCCAAGUUGAAAAAUGCAGAUGAUUAAUCUGACACAUUGAGGAAAUUGGAAAUGAAAAAGUAAAAAUUGAUUUAUGUUUACGUAAUUUGGUUUCAGAUAUGUAUGUUUAGCCUCUUUUCUGCUUGAGGUUUGCCUCAGAUGAGCUUUUGUUAUAAAAUGUCAGUUGUAGACAGCUAAAUCAACCUCAAACACGUACUGGUGACAGGAUUUUUAAAUUACUUGGUAUAACCUAUCUUACUGCAGUUUUAAUGUUUCCCUUGCUUUCAAGUAAUGGAAACUUACUUUUGUAGUUACAAAUCAAUAGCUAAUUAAUAACAGGGAUUAGUCCUAAACAUGGAUAAGUCCUAAACAUGGUCAGUCCUGAACAUGGAUUAGUCCUAAACAUGGAUCAGUCCUGAACAUGGAUCAGUCCUAAACAUGGAUCAGUCCUGAACAUGGAUCUAUCCUAAACAUGGAUCAGUCCUAAUCAUGGAUCAGUCCUGAACAUGAAUUAGUCCAAAACAUGGAUUAGUCCUGAACAUGGAUUACUCCUGAACAGGGAUCAGUCGUAAACAUGGAUCAAUCCUAAACAUGGACUAGUCCUGAACAUGGAUCAGUCCUAAACAUGGAUCAAUCCUAAACGUUGAUCCGUCCUAUCUUAAUGCAAUUUUAAUGUUUCCUUUGCCUUCAAGUAACAGAAAUUUACUUUUGUAGUUACAAAUCAAUAGGAGAAUUUUGUAAACAUAACGUUUCUAUAACAAAUGUUACAUUGUAUACAUAACAUUUCUAU